UACAAUGUAGUUAGCAAAAUUAAACAAAUAAGAAACGAAUACAAAUUGAAAACAGUUCGUAGACCAAACUUACAAUUGUAGCCAAGCAUAAAAAGAUUGAAUCAAUACGAAGACUAUUUAAGACUUUGAAUUGGACAGGAAAAACUUCAAAUAAUUUGCCGCCAACUCGAAAAUAUCUCAACACCCACCAAGCGAGAGAGAAAGAGAGAGAGGGAGGGAGAAGUAGAGGGAAGGAGAGCAAGAGGGGCAGCAGCUUGCAGACACGGAAUUAGUUUGCUUUAAAGCCGAGCCCACCUGAAAUUCGAACCCAAUAACACCUGCCAAAAAUAUUUAUAUCCAAAAGUACGCCCACGCAAGCGCAAGUCCAGAGGCAACAACAACAACAGCAGCAGCCGCCAAGUUCUCCGCAAUAUUUUUUUUUUGAUUUUUGGUCGCAUUGGAAAUUAAAGAAAUAUCACUAAAGAAAAAACCAAAACUUCGGAAUGGAAACGCUUUCAAUGUGGAUAAAAACGCGUCGUCAGGAACAAACAGAAACAGCAGCAGCGACAGCAACAACAACAAUUGCAGCCAUGAGUCGAUCCAGGAUAACAACACACGCCACAACAACGCAUGGAUUAAACAGCAUUUGGUCGCAUUUCUAUGCUUUUGUCGUUGCUGUAGCUGUUGCAAUGCUGCUAAAUUGCCAGGUCUGUCAAGGAGCAGGACGAGCACCACCGGAACCCUACUUUGGCCGUUACAUUGGACAGUUUACGAACUUUGCGCAUGGCAUUAAGGGCUCCAUUUAUGCCGUGGACGAGUCAACGCUGUUUGUCAAGUCCUUCGCCUACGAUGGCACCGGACCGGAUGCGUUCUUCUGGGUGGGCAAAACGGCUAGACCAUCGCCCGAGGGCUAUAUAAUACCCUAUCCGGAGGAAUAUAUCGGCUCUGAUCCGCCCGUUCUGCAGGCGCACAACAAUACGGACAUCAUACUGCGUUUACCCAUGGGCAAAAGGAUUAAGGACAUUCGAUGGCUCUCGGUAUGGUGCAGACGCUUUACGGUCGAUUUUGGUGAGGUUUUUAUACCGCCUGGCAUAGAUGUGCCCAAGCCACGUGUAUUGCCAGAGUUCAGACGUCUGGCCCACGGACUUCGCUCCAGCAACAUAAGCGUUUUGGACGCCAAAACAUUUUAUAUUCCCAAUCUGCACUAUGACGGCGCUGGACCCGAUGCCUAUUUCUGGGUUGGCAAUGGCAGCGAACCUAACAUUAUGGGCAUUAAGGUUCCCAAUGAGAUUGGAUCAUUGGAACCGUUGCGCGGCUACCAGGGUGAGGAUAUCGAGAUUCAGCUGCCCGGCAGUUUGACCGUUUACGAUAUUGACUGGCUGGCAGUGUGGUGCGUGGAGUUCAGGCACAACUUUGGACACGUCUUCAUACCCAAGGACUUGGAUGUGCCGCCUGCAUUGGGUCAAACGAAAAUUACGCCAUCAUGGUGGUAUUCACCCACCACAACAACGCCGCGGCCCGUCUACUCCAAUUGCCGCGAGAUUCUGCCCAAUAAGCUGCAGGUUAAGUGGGAGCUGCAAGGCGAAUAUGUGCAGAUCGAGCUCUUCGGUCGCAUCAGCGAGGAUCAGUAUAUGGCCUUCGGUCUGUCCGGUGCCAACGGGCGGGCCCAAAUGGCCCAGUCUGACGUUGUGGUGGCCUUCUACGAUACGAAUGCUCGAGUGUUCCGCGCUGAGGACUAUUUCAUCUCAGAUUUAUCACAGUGCGACGGCCAUCGCGGUGUCUGUCCGGAUGAGCGGCUUGGAGCGCGCAACAACGUGGUUGUGGUGAGUGGGGAUCGCAAAGGCGGCGUCACCAGCAUUCGCUACAAGCGGCUGCUGCAAACCAAUGAAGCCAUUUACGAUAUGCCAAUACCCAUUGAUCGCGAGGUGUCGAUCAUAGCUGCCGUGGGACCACUCAAUGCCCGAAAGGAAGCCAACGCGCAUUCGCACACUUCCAGCGAUCACAAUCCCGACGACAUACGCAUCAACUUUUCGAAGCGGAACGAUCAUUCGUGCAAGAACUCGCUGUAUGACGUCAAGGACGAGAGCGGUCCCAAGCCGUGGCCUACGCGCAAGAUCAAAGGGGAGCAGAAGUUCCGCGCUAGCAUCGGAGCCACAGGGGGCAAACGUGGCUAUACAGCCAUUACGGGCGUGCCGUCAUGGGGUAUUGCUUGGUAUAUCAACGAUCUGUUAAUUCCGGAAAUAACAGUGGAACGUGGCUUGACCUAUGAGUUCUUAAUCGAAGGCGGCAACGAUCCUGCACAGCCAGCCAGAUAUCAUCCAUUUUACAUCACGGACUCGCCGGAGGGUGGCCUGGGCCAAAAGACUGGCCUAGAGGCGCGCAAGCAAAAGGCCUACGCGGGCGUUGAAUAUGACGAAGACGGCAAUGCGAUACCCACAGGCGUGGGUCGCUAUUGUGAAUGGGAGCAUCGAACUGUCGAUCGAUCUGCUGAAUUCGAUGACUUUGAGCAAUACAAGAGCACACUGGUCUUCAAAUGUGAGGAUGGCGAGCCAGGCUAUAUGAACUGGACGGUGCCCAUGAAUGCGCCUGACACACUAUAUUAUCAGUGCUUCACCCACAACAAUCUGGGCUGGAAGAUAAACGUGGUGGAUGCCGGCGCAAGUACCGCACCUGUGCAUCGUCAACUCGGUCGGAAUCAAUGGCUCUUCUACAUUAUGCUAACAGUUUUGAGCCUGGUUGCAAGUUCUAGACUGACAAAUGGUUUGCUGGCUUGACAGCCAGAUCGUCAGUAAACUGCUGUUGAGGCGUGUUCCCAGAUCUUUUGGCACAACUUGACAAAUUGGUUGCUUUACGCAUAUCUAUCAUACUCAGUCUACAUAUCCUGAAUCAUAUUGAAAGUAUUUUUUAAACAAGUUUUCUAAACGAAUUUAUAAUUUCAUCAACUAUUGCAAUAUCAAAUUCAAAAAGCUCCAACAACUUAUUGCUUGCUAAAGUCCUGGGAACACUUUCAAUGCAUUCACGAGAAUUACAAUCAGGCUAAUAUCAUCUGAGAAAAAAACAUAUCUUCAUCAUAAUUUUUAAGGUGCAAAACUGUUAAGAACUACUGUAAAUGGCAGUGGUGCCUACUUACUGCGCCAACUGUAGCUGUAGCUCUAGACACAUACAGUAAGGCCAGUAGAUUGUGCUUAGGUUGGAAUGGAAUGGAAUGGAACGGGAAGCGCAGAGGGAACUCUUUGUAUAUUUACGUAUAUGGAACUCUACUUUUUUACGUGUAUGCAACGGGAAUACGAAACUUACUUAUACACUUACAUUUACAGUAAAACUUGUAAUUUUUCUAGAAGCAACUACUACUU